AUGGUGAACAGCGGUGGGACUAAGGUGGAGAAGGCAGCAGACCUUGUGGCUGGGGUUUGCAGCCGGUUGGAUUCAGUCCAGCAUCCCAGCUCCAGGACCCUAAUGAAGAAGUUAGUGGCCCUGCUGGCUGGCGAGGCGGAGCAUCUGGACACAGUGAUCUCAUGCCUUCUGGACUACUCCUUCCCUACAGACAGCAAUGCGGCCAAGCUAUGGCAGUUCCUAUCUGCUGACCCGACCCUCGGAGGACAGGUGAUGGAGAACCUGGUUGUGAAGCUGCAGAGUCACCACAGCUCUGAGCACCAAGCCUCUGACACGUCUGCUGCCGCCACAUGCGCCCUCUAUGAGAUGAUCUCGGUGAGCAAGUCCAGAGAUGCCACAACCCGCCUCUAUCCUCAGCUGCUAAUGGCUCUUCUUGUCGAAAUCCAUUUCAGCCUGGGACAGAGCAUACCAGGGGAUAAAGUCUCUGGAAGGGAAAGCAGCCGGCAGAGCCUCCACACCAGCUCUGCAGUGGAGGCUAUAAAGAUGCUGCUUCUCUGUGUUGGCUGCUGUUCCGAGCUGACUGUUAUGGAGAAGGAGCAAGGCUGGAUCCUCCUACAAAGCCCCCAAGAUCACCUCCAUGGGGUGAGCCUGCUGGCCAGAGCCAUGGUGCACUAUGCUUGCCCUGAGACCACAAGGAUGCUGCUGGACCUAGUGACCCCGCUCCUCGACAGAGGUGAUAAGAAACACAGGCUUACCAUGAUGGCCUUCUUUGUAGAACUUCUGCGUUACAAAGAGGCCAAGAAGCUCCCACAUCCAGACACUUUGGACCGUCCCAAGGAGUGGACAAAACACCCCAGCCCAGUUUUCCGUUCACUUGGUCUAAAGAGGACUCGGCAUCCUGGCAACCCAACCAGGGAAGAGCCCCACAUGAGAGAGGGAAGGAUUUCAGGCCCAAGGCCCAAGUGGGGCAGGAAGAAGCACACGCUCACCUCAGUUGCCUUCUUUGCUGAGGGCGCACUGUCCAGCACGCCGGCAGACAGACCCAGAUCAGAAGGCCUGGAUUUGGCCAGAAGGGCUGAGGUGCUGUUUCCCGAGGAGCUGUUCCAGGACUUGCGAGGAGCCUUUCCAAGCAUCACAGAAGUACGGGCCAGAGUUAACACGGCAUAG